AUGGGCACAUCGGUAUACACAACAGUCAUACCAGUGACCUCGUCAAGCGGCUCGGAAGAUGUUUCAUCUACCACUACCGGAGAACCAGCGCCCGCACCAAGCGACCCAUUCAACGAGGAUCCCGUCCUAGAAAAAUAUUUUAGGCCUCCAUCAAAAGCCUGGAUAGCCGGCGCCGUUGCGGAACCCCUCCUCGCCUUGAUCGCCGGUGGUUGCUUCGUCUUCUGGUUGAGACGACACAAGCAAAGAAAGAGGCUGGUAGAGAGCGGAGGCUCUGGCCCUGGCAUCAACGUUAACGAUCUUCCGUGUAUUCAAGCAGAAUUUGUGCAACCGUCAUCGGAGGUGGCAAAGACAUUUGAUACUACUCCUCCUUCUAUGUGCGAGCUGGAGGCAACGACGGGUGGUGCAUCAGGACUUUUCAGGGAACAACAACAGGAACAGGUGGAGCAAUGCGAUUGUAGGUUAUGGAGGAUAUGA